GCGCAUGGAAGAAAAAGAAGGAAGAAACAUUAGAGCUGAGAGGAUGACGCUGAGAUUUCAACAAUGUCCUCUUCCUCCUCCUCAACUCCAAACCCAGCUUCGUCUUAAAAAAAACAACACAAUUCGUUGCACUCUAACGAAACAAGGGCAACGAUUCCUCACAAAACUCUCAACCACCAACACCAAUACCGAAAAUCUCAUUCGUAAAUUCGUACAAUCCUCACCCAAAUCCGUACUACUCUCCACUCUCACUCACCUCCUCUCUCCGACCACCGCUCACCAUCCCCUCUCUUCUCUCGCCCUCCCCCUUUACACAAGAAUAAGUGAAUCACAAUGGUACACAUGGAAUCCAACCAUCUUCGCCGAUUUAAUCACCCUACUCCACAAACACCAACGCUACACCGAAUCCCAAACCUUAAUUUCCGAAGCAACUUCAAAACUCAACAACAAAGAACGUGACAUUGUUCUUUUCUAUGCUAAACUCUUGGACUCACAUUCCAAACGUGCUUCUCAAACCGGCUUUGAUUUCGCUUAUUCUCACCUCAACAAUCUUCUUCGCACUUCCUCUUCAAUUUACGUUAAACGCAGAGCUUCUGAAUCUAUGGUUAGUGGUUUGUGUGCAAUGGAUAAGCCUCGUGAGGCUGAGAAUCUGGUUCAGGAAUUUAAACGAACAGAUGGUGGUGGGAAGAUUCAGCUUCAACCUUCUGCUUUUGAAUUCAAGUCUAUUUUGUAUGGAUAUGGAAGAUUGGGUUUGUUUAAUGAUUUGAACAGAGUUGUUGAUGAAAUGGAGAAUAAUGGGUUUGUUAUUGAUACUGUUUGUUAUAAUAUGGUUCUUUCAAGUUUUGGAAUUCAUGGGGAGUAUGUGGAAAUGGUUUCUUGGCUUACAAGGAUGAGGAAUUCUGGUGUUCCUUUUUCUGUUAGAACUUAUAAUUCGGUUUCAAAUUCUUGUCCAACGGUUAUGAGGAAGGUUGUGGAUUUGAAUGAUUUGGCAUUUUCGAUUGAAGAGUUGUUGAAUUCGUGUUUGGAAGGAGGGGAAGCUAUGGUGGUUAAGGAGUUGCUUUCGUGUAAUGUGCUUUUCGAUGAGGUGAUGGUGUGGGAUUCUAAAGAGGUGAAAUUGGAUUUGCAUGGAUUUCACUUGGGUUCGGCUUAUUUGGUUAUGUUGCUUUGGUUGGAGGAGAUGCAGAAGAGGUUGUUGAAUGCUUCAAAUCAUGAUAUUCCUGCUGAAAUCACUGUGGUUUGUGGGGUUGGAAAGCAUAGCAAUGUGAGAGGAGAAUCACCGGUCAAAGUAUUGGUUAAAGAGAUGAUGAUGAAGAUGAAAGGUCCACUCAGGAUUGAUAGGAAAAACACUGGCUGCUUUGUUGCCAAAGGUAAGGCUGUCAAAAUUUGGUUAUGUGAAUUGAGGAAGCAAUGAUUUCAUUGUAUUAUGAAUGGAGACACCAAUAAAAUUUUGCUACUAUAUAUGAAUGAUUAAUUGAUUAUGAUAAACUUGAACUUAAAUGAUAUGACCAAGAUGGCUCACUUUGACAUGCUGUGCUAUGCUAAUUGUGUUUAUUGACUUAAAUUCCUUUGCUUCUGUUUUCAACUUGUAUCAAAUGUUGCUUAUCCAAGGAAAUGCCAAACAAAUAAGAACAUUGAAUGAUAA